AUGUUGACUGCAGAAUCUAAAAACAUACUGCAGUCCAAAAAUAUUAUGUUAAUUGAUGUUUGAGUGACAUGGGAAAUUCUUGAAUAUGGAAAGUCCCAGGGUCUUCAAUGUACAUUGGAUAAGGUAGAUCAAGCUCAAAGGAUAAACCCAAAAGACUUCAAAGAGAAGUACAAUGAAGUAAAGCCAUCCAAAUCUGACACUCUGUUUUUUUCUGAUCUAGCUGGAGUGAGAAGCAAGAAGGCUUUAUGCACAGCAAUAUCUUUGGGCUUUAACAGUACUUAA